AUGGGGAGUUUGGUUACAAAUAACGAAACUGGGUAUAUGACCAAAGAGUUUUUCGUUAAAUGGCUGUAUCAUUUUGUGUCUUUCAAAAGAUGUUCCAAAGAAAGACCUUGCCUUCUGAUUUUGGAUAGACACUCCAUCCACACUAAAAAAAUCGAAGCCAUAGAAUAUGCUAGAAAACAAAGCGUUAUAAUUUUAUCAUUACCACCUCGUACUACUCACAGACUUCAACCUUUGGAUAGGGUGUUUUAUAAGCCACUUAUGACCUACUACAACCAGGAAAUGGAUCAUUGGCUUCGAACUAAAAAAAAAACCUCAGUAUCUGUGUACGCUGUUUGUCGCAUAAUUGAUAAAGCAUAUAUCUGGGCUGCAUCUUUGUCUACUGCUAUAAAUGGAUUCAAAUGCUGUGGAAUUUGGACAUUCAAUCCAAAUGUGUGGAGUAACGGAGACUUUGCUGCCGCGGAGAGAUUUGUCUAUACGGAAUCGGAUGAUAAUGUCGUGAAUGAUGGAGGAAACAUACAUCUACUGGAGAAAUCGGGUAACAUUGAACCUGAACAUGAACAAGAAUAG